UGAGCCACGGGGCGGGCCCGGCGCUUCGGUCCGUCAGUCGGAGCUGGCCGCUCGCGAAGGGAGGAGCUGCUGUGAGGCCCAAAAUCGAGCGCCUCCUCCCGACCCCCGUCCGUCCUGCCGAGCCCCGAGGAUGAUAAACACCCAGGACAGUAGUAUUUUGCCUUUGAGUACCUGCCCUCAACUCCAGUGCUGCAGGCACAUUGUCCCAGGGCCUCUGUGGUGCUCCGAUGCCCCUCACCCACUGUCGAAGAUCCCCGGUGGGCGAGGGGUUGGCAGGGAUCCUUCUCCCUCUGCUCUGAUAUAUAAGGAUGAGAAGCUCACUGUUAACCAAGAUCUUCCAGUGCACGAUGGGAAACCACACAUUGUUCACUUCCAGUACAAAGUGACGGAAGUCAAGAUCUCUUCCUGGGAUGCAGUGCUAUCAAAUCAGAGUCUUUUUGUGGAAAUCCCUGAUGGUUUAUUAGCCGAUGGGAGUAAAGAAGGAUUAUUAGCACUGUUGGAAUUUGCCGAAGAGAAAAUGAAAGCAAGUUAUGUCUUCAUUUGCUUCCGCAAAAGCAGAGAAGACAGAGCUCCAUUACUGAAAACAUUCAGUUUUUUGGGCUUUGAGAUUGUGAGGCCUGGCCACCCCUGUGUCCCACCGCGACCAGAUGUGUUGUUCAUGGUCUAC